AUGGAUGGAACUUCUACGCAAAGAAGCAAAAAGACAAUUAGAGUAACUCGAAAAGUUAAUCAAAAUGGUAAUCCGCCUUCAAAGCAGCAAAAACCAGUUACCCAAUCGGAAAUUCAUGAAUUACGAUUAAAAACAGCUCAACUAGAUCAACAAACUAAGAUUAUGCGUACCCAACUUAAUCGUGUUCGAGAUCAAAUAGCUUCCAAAACGAAAGCUAUUAACAAAACCGUUUCAAGUUCAUCAGACGUUAAAGGAACAAAUGGUUUCAAAACACGUGCUGAACAACUUGAGAAAUCUAUUCAAGCAGCUACAGAUACAAAAGAAAAGCUUGAAGAACAAAUAGAACAAGUCAAAGAGAACGAUAAAGGCGCACUUGUUGUUGAACUCAAAGAAGAGCUCAAAAUGGCUUAUUGUGAAUUGCAAAGAAUUCAUGAUGAAAUUGAAGAACACAAAUCAAGAGGUGCGAACGAUGCUCAAAAAUUGAAAACUGCCAACAUGAAACUUACAAAUGAAUAUCUUCAGGAAUUAGAGCUUAAAAUAAACAAGACAAGAGACUCAAAUAGAGAUAUCAAAGAUAAAAUCAUUGCUUACUAUAAAAAGAUCGAAAGAAACAAUAUCGAGAGAUCGCUUAACAAACGAAAUAAAGAAGGUAUUCCUUUACAAUACUCAAAGGUCGAAAUUGAAGAUAAUAAAAGAUAUAGAAUUGAAAAGUUUAAUGUCAUUGCAGAAAAUUUGAAUGACCAAUCUGCAAAAUUCGAAUCUAAUGUAGAAUUACUGAAUAACAUUAUUAAUGAGCAACGUUCUAAGAUUAUUAAUCAUCUUUCACAAGAUCAAGCUAUUCAAAGAGAAAUACAACUUGAAACUGCUAGAACAGAACAAAAUCAGGAAGAGGAAGAAGUUAAUAUUGACUUUUAA